GACAACAAGCAAUUAAAGAUGCGAGAAAGAUUCGAGAUAAGAAUUGCUUGGUGUUUCUCUUUGAAAUUAUGAAAAGAUUGACGUGAUAUGACCAUCGCAUACCUUAGUUCUGGUAGCCAGUGUUGAAACUAAACUUGCAAACGAUUGCAACGCGAUAAGUGCAUCGGUUGAUUUUUGUGCGAUAGUUUAAAGGUCGUGGAAGGAGAAAGCUUAUGCUUUGAAGAAGUGUCAAGCUUGCACUAUGCUUUUGACAGAGACAUGUUCAACUUCUCACAGAUGACAGAACUCCAGAAUUGAAUAGAACUCGCAACAGACGAUUUUAGUCCUCGACAGCAAAUAUUGAAGUACAUCGUUCAUUGUCGAUCACGUGGUUCAAACAUUCGACCAUUUCAUUUUCUACGCAAUGACGUUGCCACCAAGCAACCAACCAAGUCCAGCACUGACUACCAUGAAAACAAUAGAUUCCCAUUCGGACGAAGGCACCGUUGGCUCGGUGAUCGCACUUUGCUUCGUUAUGUUAAUCGCUAUCACAGGAAACGUUGCAAUAAUCGUCAUAUUUCGCGUCUACAAGCGCCUAAGAAAACAAGUGACGAAUCAUUUUCUCAUAAACUUAGCGAUAAGCGACUUGAUUGUGGCGUUAGUCACCAUACCAUUUUGGUUGUCAUUCGAGAUCAAUCGUUGGGAAAGUGUAAGCAAGCCGACAGAUAGGGGACUUUUGCGGCGCAUAUGGACAUUCACGGAUAUAGCAUGUGAAGCGUCAAGUAUUGCAAAUUUAGCAGUGAUAAGCAUCGAUCGUCUCUACUCGGUAAGCAAUCCGUUCAAACAUCGUACAACAGUGACGCCAUCUCUAGCACAUCGGAUUAUCUUCGCCGUGUGGGGUUACGCAAUCGCUGUGGCAUCGGUCUAUCUCAUAGACACAAAAUGGAAGAAUAUUAUCAUUUUUGUUUUCGGAUUUGCUAUACCGCUGGGCGUCAUGAUCGUGUGCUACAGCAAAAUUGUUACAGUUGUGAGACUGUGCCGGAAACGAUGGUCCCAAAACCCGGAAGCCAAUAAACAUUUCUUUGGCAGCAUUGUAAACGAAUACAAGACCGCAAAGAGCCUGGGCGUUGUCAUGGUGGCAUUCGUUAUUUGUUGGUCGCCGUUUUUCGUCUUUUCUUUCUUUUUCAAGUACUGCGAGAAAUGUCUUCCUUGGCUUAUGGAAAGACCAGCCAUACCAGCCGUCACAAAAUGGCUUCAUUACUUAAACAGCGCGUUAAACCCGAUCCUUUACACAAUGUUUAAUCCGUCUUAUCGCGUCGUAUUCCGCCGUCUCAUAGCGUGGUGCCUGCGGAAGGAGUACCAGUGUACCCGUUACGAGGCCUGGUACCUAGGCUCCAUACGUAUCUCCGUGACCAGCCAAAGAUCGAGUUCCCUUAAUCACCCACUCGCAGGUUACAGAAACUCGAACAGCUCAUUCUAUCAUCGACCGUCUUGCGGCUCUGUCGUACAGACACGACCUGAAAGAAAAGAAAUUCCAAAAGAUUUUGACGACGCCAAUAAUGAAGUGUUUAUAAACGCAACCACAAACAAUGCAGUAUUAAAAAACGUAAACGGCAACACAGAUGGCGAUGUGUUUAAAAAUAAUCUCACUGUUCGCCCGUCCGCGAAUAAAAACCGAGUUUCUUUUUCUGACAGCGGUGACACCAUCUUGUGAAAUUAGUAGCGCAUGCGUAGUCUGGCCCGUUGAUAUGACACACAGCAGCUACAGAUCAAUGACGUCGCAAAAGCUUAAAGUGUGGCAGAACUACUUUUUCAGCGUCAAUUAUACCGAAUAAAGCAAAGAUGUCGUAGUUUUAGAAGCAGUAUUUAUAAAAAGUUACACCUACAAAAAGGACGUAGAAAGAUCGGUAAUUGGAUGGGGAGGGGAGGUACUCAUAUAUGCAUGAAUGCCGACUAAAUUCCUUUCAAAUACGUUGUUUUUUAUCCAUUAUAACAUGCACGUAUGACUACGCACCCCCACCCCCACCCCCAAUUAUCGAUUACCUUACGUCCAUGCCGACGGGGACAAAAGUCGUGGUGUUCUGUAAUAUAUGCUAUUGGCUUGCAUGUCUGUUGCAGAUAAUAGUGUAAGUAUUGUGUUGUUGAAAAAUGGAAUAUUAUAAAGAAGAGAAAUUGAUGGCUUGAAAAUAGAGGAGCUGAAAUGAUGGCAAACAUGUAAAUAGAAAUGGUGGAUAUUAUUAGACUGUAAAUAUUUUUUAAAAAAACUAAAUAAACGUCAGUAAUAAUAAGAUCCUGAGGCAAUAUUUCAUCAGUGAUUAAUAUUUCAAAGCCGUCGUCAA